GAGAGAGAGAGAGAGAGAGAGAGAGAGAGAGAGAGAGAGAGAGCGUGUGGACGUGUGCGUGUGUGUGUGUGUAUGUGUGAGUGUGUGAGAGAGUGAGUGCGUGCGCGCGCGCGCGCGCGUCUGGCUGCUCUGCUGUUGCUGCCCUUUGAUCCCUGCAUUAGUGUUAGUUAGGGGCUCGGAGACACACUUGCACCGAGAGCAGCCAUAGUCAAGACACGGCCACAACAACAGCGGCACCUCCUCCGCCUGUGUUCCCGCUGCCCAGCGAUACACUUUAAACCGAGCAAAGCCAGGUGCACGACCAAGUCCCUGCCAUCACUGGCGCCUCCGGUCUCAAUGGGAAAAACCUUUUUUCUUCUUAUCCCCAAACAAGGACGAGAAUGUGAUUAAACACGGAGGAAAAUGCCAAGGAGGAAGCAGGAGCAGCCCAAGCGCCUGCCUUCGCAUCCAUAGCUUUGAUGACACAUCCUAGGUUAGGAGCAAGACGAUUUUGUAACAUGAGAAGCUAAAAAUGGACGAGAAAAAUAAAGCAAGGGGUAAAGUGCAAUUCAUCUGCAAUAAGAAAUUUCAGAGGUCUGGGGCUCUCAGUCGUCUCAUUCUCUUCCAAGAACACUUCUCCUUCCUGUUUCACCUCUGGCAUGGCGCCCAAAGUACCCACAAACCACGGAGGCCAACGCCGAAAAUACACAGAUGAUGUGGACAGCAAUGAGGAAGGAGGGCCUGAUAGCAGUCCUGUGGAAGAAGAAGGCUGGUUUGGGAAUGCUUCUGACACACGUUCAGAGUCCUCGUCCUAUGGAGAUACCCAGGAUGACCUCCUCCUACCCAGGGGCUCCUCUCCUGAUGACCAGCCUGGUGUUGGUACAGGGUCUGGGGAACACGAUACCUGUGGAGGUGAGAGCUCACUCGUCCAUCGUGCCUCUUUGGAACUUCUUGGACUGGACGGAGGAGCAUUCUCGGCCCAGGACACACUCUCCUCAGUGGUGACAUCACUGUAUGGUGAGGCAGCAUCCCGUGCCCUGGGAAAACCCCUUAGCAGCAAUCUACGGCGACUUCUUGAGGCAGGUUCACUCAAACUUGACACUGGGGACCUCCUAGGUCGGUCAUCUAGGGGAGGUGCUGGAGGGGAGUCUCCCCCUAUAGGUCUAGCGCCACCUUUGACCCUCUCCCCGUCUUCCCACCAUGCCCAACAAUUAAGUGCUCUUGCUCGAAAACUGGCCAAUAACAGCAACAGUGGCUCAGCCUCACCUGCCUCCUUGGCACCCUCACUCACCAACAUUAAGCAAGAGCCCCUUGACCCCUUUAACUCUGUCACUCCUAGCAACGGAAGUGGCUUUGUAUGGGCAGGUGUUGCAGAUAAAUGGCCACCAGCCAGCUGCUCCACGCCCUGUGGCUCCAGCCUUUCUCCGGACUCCGCAAUUCAGAAGUUAAAAGCAGCAGCAAAUGCUGUACUACAAGAUAAGAAUGCCGUGGCAUCCUCUUCAACAACAUCUUCCUCUUCCUCCACCUCAGCCUCAUCUGCAGUGCCCACUCUUGGAGGGAGUGGUAGGGGAGAUGACAUGGUGCGCUUUGAUGCCUUCAACUCUCCGUUUAGCCCGCAGUCAGCUAGCUCCACCCUUGCUGCACUUUCCAAGAAAGUCAGCGAGCGGACCCAAGCCUCAUCAACGGCCAGUGCUGCUACUGACCACCAAACCCCAGCAAGUUCCUUUUUGUCACUUGUGUCAAUGACCUCCUCUGCUGCUUUGCUCAAAGAGGUGGCAGCUAGGGCAGCAGGAAACCUACUGGCAGAGAAGAAGGAGGGUUCCCCCUUGGCAACUGCUGGGGUCCUCCAAGAGGAUGUGAAGCCCCUGCUGGACACGAACCAGAAGACCCCUACACCCUCCACACCCACCCAGAGCUUAGAGUUGUUGUUGCCUUCAACACCAAAGGGCCGAGGCAAACCCAACAGUCAAGCAGGCUCACCUGAGGAUGGUGGAAAACCAUUCCAAUGUCCUGUGUGUGGACUGGUCAUCAAACGCAAGAGCUACUGGAAGAGACACAUGGUCAUCCACACAGGCUUGAAAAGCCACCAGUGUCCACUGUGUCCUUUCCGCUGUGCUCGCAAAGACAAUCUCAAGUCCCACAUGAAGGUACAUCAGCACCAGGACCGGGGUGAGACUUUUCAGUGCGAACUUUGUCCCUUUACCUCCUCCCGUCACUUCAGCCUGAAGCUUCACAUGCGCUGCCACCAGCACUUCCCUCGCACAGACGUUAAGGUGAAAGAGGAGCUCACCACCGACACCGAGGGCGAGGGGUCUCUGAUAGGUGAUAGUGGCUCCACGGACAUAAGAGGGGCUGAGGUGUCCCCACUGCACUCAGACACUCGGCAACAGACAUCCCCUCUAGUUGAGGCGUCCUCCAAUCAUGUCCACAUCAAGGAAGAGCCACAGGAGAGAGACCUGUCUGUGCUUUCCCCCUUUAGCAUUUGUAGGGACCGUCCCAGCAGCAGUGCCAACUCUUUGGACCUACCUGGAGUUGGGCUAGGAGUUGGGGUCAGAUCCAGUCCCAGUGGUCCAACCACAACCUCACUCUUUAGCCCAGACAUAACUACCAAGACGGCUACUGAUCUGCUUAUGAAGCUAUCAGCGGCCAACCAGAGGGAGACACUCAAGUCUCCAUUCCACCUGAAGGAGGAGCCCAAAGUGGAGGAAGCACUGAGCCCCAGACCAUCCUCCCAGUCGCAGAGUCAGGUCCAGCCAAGCUUCCCUGUAGCUUUCUGCCAGGAUGGUCCAACUGGGGUCACAGCAGCCACAGAGCGCCCGGGGCCUCUGAAGCAAAGGGAGCAAAGCCCCAUGGCGAAGAACAGCUUGCUGAGCCAAGACAUCAGCGUGAAAGUGGCCUCUGAACUGUUGAUUAAGCUUUCAGAGAACAACAAAGAUGCCCAGUACCAGAAGGUGAAAGUAAAGGCAGAGCCUAUGGAGGUUGACCCGCCUCCUGCAGAACUCACGCCACCGGCCUCUCACCUGCUGGCCUACAGCACUUUAGGGGCGAGUGAAAAGAGCGAACCAAUGGGUAACCUCCCCGAGACAUUGGCCCGCCCCCAGAAAGACCUCUUCUCCCAGGACAUAUCGGUGAAAAUGGCCUCCGAACUCCUGUUCAAAUUGUCAGAAAAAGUCAGCAAGGCCAACAACCACAAAGACAGCAACAUGGUGGGAAUAAACAGUCCGUUCCUGGACGAGUGCUUCAGACAAUCACCCUUCAACUCGCGCUCCAAGAGCUCUUCCCCCGCAGAGGCCAGCUCCUCUACCAGGGCAGCUUUGCACGACUCCGAGAAGGAUGACGGCGAGCCAGGAAACGGGAUAGCCCAGUGGCGACUGAACGAGCAGCUCUUCCCCUGUCCCGUCUGUGGCAAGGUGUUCGGCAGACAGCAGACUCUUUCUAGACACCUGGCUCUACACACAGAGAGGAAGUACAAGUGUCACCUGUGUCCUUACGCGGCCAAGUGCAGGGCUAACCUCAAUCAGCACCUGACCAUCCACUCUGUCAAGCUGGUCAACACAGAUGCUGAGCAGAUCGUCAGCGCUGUUACGGCCGACUCUGCCGAGCGCAAGAACUGCCCCUACUACUACAGCUGCCAUGUGUGUGGUUUCCAGACGGAGCUGAACGCCCAGUUUGUCAGCCACAUGUCGCUCCAUGUGGACAAGGAGCAGUGGAUGUUCUCACUCUGCUGCAGCGUCUGUGAUUAUGUCUGCAUGGAAGAGAAUGACAUGAAGAACCACAUUAGUACCGGACAUACAGGUCUGAACUCAAGAAGCCCCCUCAGUGAGACCAAGAGCACCUCCUCGUCCCUCUCGGCCCUCAGCGAUUCCCUCAACAGCUCAGAGGGCGGAGACCUUACCCACAGUAACGAAGAACUUAAGAGUCUGCUUGCUCCACCCUCCUCUGCAGGCAGCCAGUCCAGCUCUGGAAGCCACUCGGGAUCCGGAACGGAGGACAAAUCUGACAAAGGCUUCGAGUGUGUCUUCUGCAAUUUUGUGUGCAAGACGCGUAGCAUGUACGAGCGCCACCUGCAGAUUCACCUCAUCACGCGAAUGUUCGAGUGCGACGUCUGCCACAAGUUCCUCAAGACGCCCGAGCAGCUGCUGGAGCACAAGAAGUGCCACACUGUCCCCUCCGGAGGGCUCAAGUGCCCUUUCUGCAUCUACUCCACCAAUCGUCCAGCGGCCAUGGAGUGCCACCUCAAGACGCACUGUAAGAUGGAGUACCGCUGCCGCAUCUGCCAGGGACUGUGGCCCGACCAGGCCUCGCUAGAGGCCCACAUGCGCGGGCACCGCCUGGGCAACCACUACAAGUGUGAGCAGUGUGGCUACCUGUCCAAGACGGCCAACAAGCUGAUCGAGCACGUGCGCGUGCACACGGGCGAGCGGCCCUUCCACUGCGACCGCUGCUCUUACAGCUGCAAGCGCAAGGACAACCUCAACCUGCACAAGAAGCUGAAACACGCGCCGCGCCAGACUUUCAGCUGCCAAGAGUGCCCUUUCACCACCACACACCCCUUUGUCUUCAGCCGCCACCUCAAGAAACACCAGGGUGGAGGAGCGGGGGGACCGGACGGAGGAUUGGGAGGAGAAGAGGACGAAGACGAGGAGCUGCCGCUCGCAGGAGCGUCCCCGGGGGACUCGUCGUCGGCGCAGAGGAGACGGGAGACCCUCCUGUUCAGCGCAGGAGGAGGGGGGAGCAGUGGGGGGAGCGGCACCAGCAGCCCUCUCAUGAGUCUAACGGCGUCCCAAGCUCUUCAGUCCGUCGCCCUGUCGCUGACGCUGGGGAGGUCCAAUCGGCUGGAGCCCAGCGGCGCGCUGCGCGGCCGGCUUGACGCCAACGCCGACGCCAACGGCAGCGGCGCCGCCAGGAACCCCGGCGGCCCCUCCCUCUUCCUCCCCACCCCCCAGCCCGUGUUCGAGCAGUACAGGAACUGCGACCGGUCACACCUGAUCCCCCUCACCACCCUGUUCACCCACAGCAGCCGCUUCACAUUCCACCCGCACCUCCACUCCAGAUGGUGGCCCGCCGCAUCUUCUCUCCUCCUCUCCUCCAGCUCGGCCUCCCCGUCCUGCUCCCCCCUCUCACCCGCCUCCCACAAACACUCCUUUCUGGCAUACCUGGGACUGAUGGAGAGGGCCAAGACUGUUUGACCUCCCCCCUCCUCUGCCUCCCCCAUCCUCACUCGUUCCCUCACUCCUCGGACGGUGGCGUGAAUGACACUUGACCACUGCAGUGGGAGCAACAUCUUUUCCAAUCAGACCAGCAGCAUAAGCUGGACCAGACAAACAUACUGAAGAAAUGGAAAAAAAAAACAUUUAUAAAGAGAAAAAGGCUGUACAUGCUAGAAUGCAUUUAUAUCAGAAAGCUGCUUUUCUUAUCAGUUCUAUCAAUUGAAUUAUUACUACUUCAACUACUACUCUCUAUUACCUUUUGUUUUCUGUUUUUAAAAGUCUGAAUGACUUGGACCCAGUUUCAUUAUUUGAGGAAACAAACGUAUCCCAGUUUUAUAGACAUUUUUAUUUUAGUCGUUUGACGAGAUAAAAAGAUGAAACAAACUUGCAAGUGCUAUAUUUUAGUGCAUUUUUGUCUAUUGCUAUUAUGCAUCAAAAUAGCAUGCCUGUUUCUGUGUUUCAAUUAGCUUUGACGUCAUUAGGAAACUAAAUUUGACAUAUUGAGAAGUGUUAGCGGUGCGACGUGGACAAAACCAAUGAAACCGAAUGCUUUUCAUUGAAAAAGGCACGUUUCCAAAGCAGCGCCUCAAACCACGCACUUAUUUAUCAAUCUUGUACAUAGUUUUGUAUCCCUUCCCCUUCUCAUCUUUGAUUUUUUUUGUAUAAUGGUGGAACCAUAUAAUGCAUAGCUGCUGCCUGAUAUCACAUCUGUCUCAGAAUGUUAUUGGAGGGUCGUGAGCUCACCAAACAGAAGAUAAGCUGUGCUAAUGUAAAUAUUCAAAGUAUUCAAUCCGACCUAUCGCAGACGUUUUACAUGUAUUACAUGUAUUCUUAAAUCUAAGUGUAAGUGUUGGUAAUGCACUUCCAGUCGCAGGGAAUAAACAGUGUAAUCCUCCAGAGAAAAUGCAUGACUAAGUGGGAAUGUUCCUUAUUUCUGAGACCAGGGGAUAUCAGUGCAGCAUUAUAUGCACAACUAUGUAUCACGCACCUAUACUUAGAAGAGAUAUAUGAGAUAACUGUUUUGUGGAGGUGACCAGCUCUGGGUUAGCAAGCUGCCCACAGCCAGGGUCACCACAGGCCGAUUCAAUGGUGCUUUUGGAGCUUUUUGUAAUUUUUGUGUACAAAAAAGAAAAAAAAACUGUUCCAAAUGACUUGAAUGAAUGUAUUUUUGUUUAUGUACAUUGACAAAGAAGCGAGACAGAAGUGUGAACAGGGACGUCCUCUGUGCUGGUGAAGAUGGGAAAGUUAGUGUCUGGUGGCCUUCUGUGUCCGUUUCUUUUCUCUUUUUUUGUCUUGUUUUUUUUAUUUUGACUUUUUUACUGAGCCUUUUACAUCAUAAAUAUUUUCUACUAACAUUCAUAGAGGACACGUUGUGAGAAAAAGCUCCUGUAGGUGCAAUGAUGAAGCAAAGCCAUUCACUCUUACAGCGUAGUUCGAUGGCACUGGCUUCGCUUCGGUUGGGCUGGCAGGCACGGUACUGCUUCUAACCCUCUCCUCCCUCCUGUCAACAUUUUAAUUGCACUUAAUGUAGUUACAUUUCAAGCCAACCGCACUUGAUUUAGUUUCCUUUUUUUAAAGUGCAAACUUAGAUCCUCCAUAUCACCGUAAUGCGAAGCAGACAAUAGUUACCGGGACGGACUGAGUCAACACCCCGACUUUCACAGGAUGGCAUUUCUAGCGGCGCGGAAGGGUCUGCCUCUGUGAAAUCCAACAAAGUAAACGAAUACAAAUUGCAUGAAUUAGACUGCAGAGGUCAAGCUCUCCCUGGGAACUAAAGGUCUCAGGCUAAAUUGUGAUAGCCAAUUUUGCACAGAGCUGCACUUUUUGAUUAUGAGAAUACAGUUUGUAUUUAUCCGUAAAAUGCUCAAAAAGAAGUAUGUUUUGCGAGAUAGGGGCAGCAUAUUAACAAGCAUUUUAUUUUGAAAAGCUUUAUCCGCUAUUGAUCGAGCUUGUGUUCCUAAGUGGUCUUCAAGCCAAAAUCCCUUGUUUGUAAAGGGAUUGUGUUUAUUUUUUGUUUCCUUCAUUGUUUGUGUUUGCUUAUGCAUUUUCUUAUGAUGAAUUAUUGUUACUUUUUUAUUUUUCUACAUGAAUCAUGUCAGAACAUGUUCAUUGGACAGAGAACAGGAAUUGUGAAGACCAAACUGUAACUCGCUGUCGAUGUGAUGUUAGGAUUGAAUCCGUCACGUCCCGCUCUGGGGGGACUGUCGCCUCGAUUGUCUCCUCUUUUACACUCCUGUUUGUUUGUUUGUUCCCUUUUGCUCUGUCAGUGUCUGGCAUGCUGUCUCUGGAGUGAAAGGAGCAUCCCUUCAACACACUCGCUUGCUCUCUCUCCUUGUACUAUCUGUGUUAUCUUUUAUACUCUAGUGCCACUUGGUGGAAGGAAACCACCUGAGACUUCUGAGAAUGAGUCAAACUAAUUGUCAGGGUCCAAAAGAAAUAAAAAAAUAGAGAUAAAAAGAAAAUGUGUCCACUCUGGACACACAGUUCUGCCUUUUAAUACAGCGUAAUCACGAAUAGCUGCACUUCUUUAUAUCCCCUCUUGGUUGAGUGAAGUAGGCAACAGGGCUCUACCCUUUUGAAAACCAAUAUUCUGAAGCACUUAAUCUGUUUAUUUCGCCCAAUUUCUCACAGCACAGCGACGUUUUUUCAUUUCUGACUUUCAGCACUUCAGAGUUUGCAUGACACCGCCCUUGCUCUAAUUCUUCAGCACUUAAUUGUGUUUGUAACUAACUCCCUCCGUUUUGUUUAGUUUGCAUCACAUUGCACUGUCUGCAAUCACUUCAGUUUGGCUGUAUUUUAUGAUUAGAAAAGGCUCAACUAUCUUUUGGCACUUGGUAAAAAUUGGUAUGUGCUGUACAAAGCUUUUUUUUAUUACUCCAUUGUUAAGGCUGUACAGGGUUGUGAUGAUAACUGGUAAAUAGAUCAUUUGUACUUUUUUGGUUUUGUAUUUGUUUCUUUUGUUUGGCAUUAUUUUAUGUUCAACUUGCCAGAUCUAAAUGUACCAGGAUUUGAAAGUAAAGCUUACAUCAGAUAUUA